AUGGACGUGCCACUUGCGGCACGCGGAUUGGCGCCGUCUGUACUCGUAGCGUUUCUACUAACGCAGGCGUAUGGUGUGGUGUACCUUGUAGACAUCUCUGCUCGCGAAUUGGCAAGCGAGGCGGAAAUUAGCGUGGAUGAUGCGGUGGGAGUGCUGGAGAUUGCUCGGCAUGAGAAAAAAACGACGACAGUCGGAGACACAGCACUCGAUCUGCUCCAGGAAGUGACGAAGAGCAAGCCAAUUGCGACGAGACUGCUAGGGCUUGAUGGAUUGCUGGGCGGCGGCCUGCAGCUAGGUGAAGUCACGGAAAUCUGUAGGUUCGGCAGUGGUGGUCCAGGAUCCGGUAAAACGCAGUUCGGGAUUCAUGCUUGCUUGGCAGCGCAGUACGCGGUGGAUGAGGCUGGAAAAAAGUCAUCCGCCGUAUUUAUUGAUAGUGAAGGAAGUUUUAUCAUCGAGCGCGUGGCGUCAAUGGCUAAGCACUUCUUAGAGGAUUUUCGCCACCUUGGAGCGGAUAAGCUGACACGGGACGAUUUGCUGCGAGGAAUCACGUACUACCGUGUUCAUGAUUUCUUGGAGCAAGUGGAGAUACUGCACUCCUUGCCUUCUUAUCUCCAAGCCACCCCCGAGUGCAAGCUUCUCGUAAUUGACACGGUUGCUUUCCACUUUCGCCACGGCUUCGAAGACUACACUCAAAGAGCUCGAGCUUUGGAUGAGCUUGCUCUCUUUCUACAUGGACUCGCAACUGACUUCGACCUGGCGGUCUUGUUGAUCAACCACAUUACCACAAAGUCGUCGUCUAACAACCGACAAGUGUCACAAGAACGACCGGCAUUGGGUGAGUUUUUGAUUGUGUAA